ACGUAACAAGGAAACAUGCCCGCUACGCAGACUGGAUUUGGAAACUUUUAUGUGGACCGGACCAUGGCGCCCGCUGGAUAUCAGAUGCCCGUUUUGGGAUGCGCUCCUCCGGGGGUACAGCCGCAGCAGCUCGCGGCGAUGGCGGCUGGAUUUCCACUCGCUUAUUCUGGACUACAGGGAUAUAACUUCAUCCCGUAUGCUCAUCACAGGCCCGUUACGCACAUGACUAAUGCUUACGACUUGAAGGCCGCUUCCCCGUACCAUCCCGCUCUCUUGGCCCGCGCUGCUCCGUACUACCAGGCCUACCGUCCCGGGGCAACCGAGGACCCAGCCAGAGUCGCCAAAGUCGCCACCAGGGAAAGCACGGGCGCGCUCAAAGCUUGGCUCAACGAACACCUCAAGAACCCGUACCCAACCAAAGGCGAAAAGAUCAUGCUCGCCAUCAUCACCAAAAUGAGUCUGACCCAAGUCUCCACGUGGUUCGCCAACGCGCGCAGGAGGCUCAAGAAGGAGAACCGAGUCAGCUGGGCAUCAAAAAGCAAAUCUGAUGAUGAAGAGGAGGAAGCGGAGGAGGAAGGAGAGAGCGACGUGGAUGACAAAAGUCUCCUGGAUGAAGAGGGGGAUAGUCAGGUGGAGGAAGGGGACAAGCCCGAGGUGUUGGUAGAUGUUCUGGAUACAGCAGAGCAGCCAACCCUGGAAGAAACACCCCGAAAAAAAGACUGUGAAACGAGCCCAGACGCUCCCAAAGAAAGCAAAGAAAAUACAGUCAACCAAAAACCCAAAAUCUGGUCUUUGGCGGAGACAGCCACGUCAGAAACCGUGCGUAAACCGGAGAUGGACAGUGUGCAAGUGGGGAAGCUGUGGGCAGAGUGGGCAUCCAGGAACGGGCUCUUCGUCCCCGCAGUGUACCCCGCUCCUGAGGUCCUAUAA